AUGAAGAUAGAAUCUCUGCUGGAUGGAUCACCUCCAUCUCCUACUAAAUAUUCAUUUAUUGCGGUUCAUGACUUGAAAGACGUUUAUCAAAGGCGUUUUGAGCAAGAGGGUUUCCAUAUCAUUCGAAGGAGAGAAAGCAGACGGCAAGUCCUAACGGAUUAUUGGAUAUCUUCCUGUGCUGUACCAAAGACAAGCUUCCAUCUCAAGCUAGUCAGUCGACAUACCCCAUCCAAUUGCUUUAGGUGCAGUAUCAGCUCUGGCAAGCCUGGAUAUCCUAUCAAAUCUGUCCAGAUUAGGUCACAAAUGAGAAUGCUUCUUGUGUUUUUCCGAAAAGGUGACAAGGAUAAUACAGUCUUGCCACAAUUUUUACUCUUCCCUGCUUGGCUACUCCAUCUGUUUCGAUACUCUCAGCAUGGGAACACCCCCGGUCGUUGUGACAUUAGAUUUAUCGAAGAUGUUACCACAGCAAAGGAAGAUCAAAUUUUUCGGUUUAACAAUGUCAUUAAUACUCUCUUCCGGUUUGAUAUUAACCAUAUCGACAAGCGCCAAAUUGAAGCGGUUAUUGGUCUAUCCAACCAUCUGGCUAAUGUUAAUCUUGAACAUGGUCUUCGUCCUCCUACCAGGCAAUUCUCACACAGUGUUCAUUACUUAUUCGCAGACCUCGUAGACCUCCUGGGCCAACGACGUCCCGACAAAUUGAAGCCUGCUUGUUUGAACUGUUUCAAAAAGCCAUCUUCUCGCCGCUCCCUGUGCGUGGCUUGCUACCGCUACCAACUGAAGCAUAAAAAGCCUCGCCCUGAAAGAUUGAUUGUCGCUAAUCGCUCUGGUUCCAAGAUAAUUCCCCGCCUUCACAAGAUAUGCAAUAACUGUCGGGUUGAAAAAACUCAUCAAUGGUAUCGUAACAUGGUUGGAAAUGGUCAUUGGUGUGAGACCUGCAAAAGUUAUUACAUCCGACACAAGAAAUUGCGUCCUAGAGAACUGUAUAUUAGAGUUGCCAAUAGAAAAGUUGACCUUAGACAAUUAAUAGCUGAGUCAAAAGUCAAAGUUGAAGAAUGGUAG